AUGGGACAAGCGUACAGACGGCGUCAGUCGACACAUGCCAUUGUGGCGGCCAGUUCGACAGGGAUCCUGUUCGGCGUGCGGAUAGAUCAGGUCGUGGAACGGGAACAUCGGGUUGUUGAGCUCAUCGGACAGCGCGCCUAUUCGACAGCUCUGAUGUCCGGUAGGCACGGCCAGCAACACAUGUACCAACAGACGGGACUGGGCGAGCUGGAUGGUGUCAUCGCGUUGCCGUUGAUUGUGCGCAAGUGUGUAGACGAAGUGGACAAGCGGGGCAGCGAGGUGGUCGGCAUCUACCGGUUGUCGGGCUCGGUGUGGAUGAAACUGCAAGUGCGCGAACUGUUCGAGCGGGCGACUGCAAGCAUGCUCAACGGACUGGCCAACGAGGACGCCAAACAGGUCACGCAGGCCAUCUUCGCUGUCGAUCUGUCGCCCGAGAAAGUGCCCGACAUACACGCAAUCACCGGUGAGUCCUGGUGCUGGUGCUGGUGCUGGUACUGGUGCUGGCCAGACAUAAGCAAGAGGUUCCCCUUUUUACACACUCCACAUUUCACAUUUCACACUUGA